UGUAAAUGACAUUCGUUAUUCAGUAUUCACUAGCAACAGAUCGACAGAAUAUAAGAUCUCUACCGUAAUGGAAGAUAGUACUUUGGAGACUCAUAUAUCAAACCUGAUAAAAAAAGUGUUAUCACAAGAGUACAACGUAAAAAAGGCUGAUAUUGGCCAAGAAUCUGAGGUCGUGCCGAUUAAUCAUAUAAAUAAAAGAUUUAAUACCAAAUUUACAAAGCAAGAUCAAGUUUUGAAGAGUGAAGAUAAGCACGCUUUAAAAAAUAUAAAUACAAAAUUUAAUACUUUAUCAGAAGAAGAUCUCUUAAUAAGAGAAAAAUUGAAGAAGACUCAUAAAAUAAAAGAGAAUGAUUUAGAAGAAAUAUUUCCUGGUAGAUCACAGAAGACUAGCGAGUUUGAUGACAUUGUAGAACAGCCGGAACAGAUAGAAGCCGAUAUGGAAUUAAAUGAAGAAAAUACAGCGCUAAAAAUUGUAAACAAAGUAUUGAAGAAAACGAAAAAUGAAAAACAAGACCAUACAAAAAGAACCUUAAGAAAAAUAAGCAAAAUAUUGAAUAAAACCAUUGAUAACACUGAAGCUUUAUUAAAACAGAAAAAUUAUUCUCAAUCUGAUUUAAAAAAGAACAUACAAAAAAUUAGACAGCUUACUAAUAAAUUUCAAAAGAUUAAUCACAUAUACGUUGCGGAGAAAUGGCUCACUAAAUAUGCAAACUUCAAUGCAAAUAAAUUGAAAUUGACAAAACAAGUUUCGAAAUUGAAAUAUGAGAUGCAGAAUAUUAAGUUUGAUAAUAUGCAUGAUAUCAUCGACUCUCAUUCUGAAAUUAAUCAAUUGCAAUUUAAAAUAAGAAAAUUUAAUACCGAAGUUGACAACAUUAAAAAUCAGAUAAACAAGCACGACGAUGAAAUUAACAGAAUGGGAAUGAAAACGUUGAUAAGAAGAGUAAAAAAGUUGGAGAAGGAGACUGCUGCUUCGUGGAAAGAGUGCUAUGUAGAAAGUCAAAAGGCAACAGCCGAUAAUCAAAGCACAAAGUGGAUAGAUAAAAAGUCUUUUCAGAUUAAAAACUUUAUUUUCCAUGUAGUCUCGAAAGCGACAACUUGUAUAAAAGAAGUCACGACUUUAAUUUUCAAUAAAUUUAUCUUCGAAGACGAAGGACAGUCAUCUAAAGAGACAACGCCCUCAGACUCCAUGUGUCAGCAGUGUUCGCAAAAGGCUUUCUCAUCCACAACGAAAAACUUGGAUGAUAUUAAGAAUACAUCGACAUCUAAGAUCAAUAAUAGUGAUGAGUUACCCAAUAUGACCGAAACACCGAAGAUUGUUUCUGAACUUUCCGGUUCAACAAAGGAAUUAUCAAACUGUGAAGUCACAAACAAGAACUGUAACGAAGAAUCUCCGAAAAUACUACCAUCUCAAGUUUCAAAAGAAAAAUUAAAUGAUAUCGAUGAUAGGAAAUACGAAUGUGAGCUAAUAAAGCAAUUAGGAGAUACAAAUAUGGACAAUAAAUCGGUCGAUCUAGAACAAGUUGAAACUAAAAUCAAAGAAACGCAUGAUGUGAUAGAAACUAAAACACACGACAAAGUUUCUGAAGUAGAUUCCAUAAAACAUCCUAUUUAUUCCACAUUAUAUUCUCACGUUUUAAAGGAUUACAAUAUUGUAACAAAAGAUGUGGCAAGUUAUAAACAUAUGAUUUAUAAUCCAAAAAUGAAUUGCUGUAUUAAUUCUGAACUACCUGAAGAUAAGGAAAAUUUUGAUAUCAAUUGUAAAAGCAUUCCUAAAUCUUCAAAAUUUACUGUGUCUACUAAAUCUACUAAAUCUUUCAAAUCCAUUAAUAAUUUGCCUGCUAAAAACGUAAACGCAGCUCAACAUCGAUGCAUCGUUGACCAAAAUGAUACAUGUAAUUGUAAUAUAUCAAAAACAAUAUUUACCAUUACGGAAAAUUAAAUAGAGUACAAAGUAUCAUGAGAAAAUGAUAAUGUAAAAGUAAAAUUUUGCAAAGUAAAUUUCUUUUAAACUGAAAUUUUUACAUUUUUAUGUCACUAAAAUAUAUAUUUCGCAAUGUUUGACCACAAUAUGCUUAAAUUAAGACUUUGCCCGUUUUUGUUUGGCAUUAUGUAUGAAUCAUAUUUUACAAAUUUUUAUUUUUAUUGUUUCUAAAAAGAAUGGAGGAAAAAUAUACAUCUAAUCAAGUGUAAAAACCGCUUUUAUUUUUUGUACAAAAUUAGAACAUAAUUAUACAUAAUGUUUAUUUGACUUGACUGUCUCAAACAUAUUUCAUUUUUGUUAAAAAAACUGCUAAAAAAUUUUUUUAAUUUUAAAGA